AAGGCAGCAAGUAAAAUUGGAUUCGAGAAGAGAAGGCACAGAAGGAGUGAGCACAAACGGCUGAAGUUAGUCUGAAACUUCAUCGCAUCGUCGUCUUCUCCCCUUACCGCAAAAUUUAAGAGACUUCUUCACACAGGAAAUUGAUUCUCUUCAACCAUGGCUGUAGAAGGGGGCAUGAAGUGUGUCAAAUUUCUACUUUUCUUUUUCAACUUCAUUUUCUGGAUAUGUGGCCUAGCACUGAUUGUUGUGGGAAUCCUGGUUCAGGUGUCUGUGCACAACACCUUUAUGAUCAAUGAUGCAUCAGCCUCAGGAGCUCCCAUUGUGGUCAUCGGUAUUGGUGUGGUGAUUUUCUUCAUUGCCUUCUUUGGCUGCUGUGGAGCCUGGAAAGAGAACUACUGCAUGGUCACCACGUUUGCCGUCCUUCUGUCACUGAUCAUCAUUGUUGAGCUUGCAGCAGCAAUCGCCGGCUAUGUCUUCAGAAACAAAAUCUCAACUGUCGUCCAGGAUAGCCUCACUGAAAUGAUUACCAAUUACAAAAAUGGAACAGAAGAAUUCAGAGCCUCCGUGGAUAAGCUGCAGGAGGAUUUGAAAUGCUGUGGUGUGACCAACUCUUCUGACUGGAGGAGCUUCGCCCCUGAUGGAAACUCGGUGCCUGACUCAUGCUGUGUGAAUGUCACUGCAAACUGUGGAAAAGGGACCAUGACGGACGCCUCCAAAGUGCACACAGAAGGUUGUCGUUCAGCUGUGGAAGCCUUACUGCAGAAAAACAUCCUGUGGGUGAUAGUUGCAGCUCUCGUUAUUGCCUUCCUUCAGAUAAUGGGCAUCGUGUUUGCCUGCUGCUUGAUGAGAGGCAUCCGCAGCGGCUACGAAGUCAUGUGAUUCACACCUGAAUAGGAGCUGACUGUUCAGGUCACAGUUGUUGGGAGGUUUAUUUGGAAACUUGUAAUAUGUUCAUCUUCUGUUUCCCAUUUAAUGCACAGUACAAUGUAUGUUUGCCCUUUACUGAUUUUAGAUUGUAUUUUCAUAGGUUAUUGUCUCAGCUUUAAUACUGGAAUUGCAUAGAAAUGGAAAAUGGUAGAAAAUAUUUAUGUUCCGCGAGCUCGUAGUGUCAGUAUAUGUUCUUGGUUAUGGGAAAUUGUCUCAAAUAGUCAGACCCAUCUCCAGCUCUUUGUCAAUGCUGCGAAUGGUCUGGCUGCACGUUCAUUAUUCUGCUAUAGAGUGAGAAAAUUCUCUGGCUCAUACAUAUUUCAGUGCAUAGUUCAAAGCAAUCACAAGUAGCUUGGGCGAUGCUAAGCCCAGGGUGCAGCAACUUCAAAAUAGCAACAUCGAUCAUUGACUAUAAAUUGGCUAGUUUGUUGAAAAAAGACAAGCAGGGCUUCUUCCUGCACAAUACAAAUCUUCAACAAAACUUGGCACUUUUCAGUGCAUGUUGCUAGCACCGAUGUUUAUGCUUCCAAGAGCAAAGGGGAUUUUAAAAACAGUAACAUGUGGAAAGAGAUGAGAAGGCUACUCGAAAUGCAUGAAAGUAAUGGCAGGCUUAUGCUCGAGGUGUAGAUCCAGAGAAUGUGACUCCAGGGAAAUCUGACAUCUCUUACUCUGCUUAUUCUGUUCGAGACUUUGAAACUGUUUUGGUGUUGAGUUCUUAUGUUUUUGCUGGUUUGCAGUUUUUAAUAAAGACUUUAAAUUA